AUGUUUCAAGACCCACUUUCUGAUGUUCUCUUCAGCGAGCCUCAACAUCAACACACUUCGCGCCAAGACUCCAGCGCCACGGUCCUUGAAGACUACGAAUAUGUCAUCGUCGGCUCCGGACCAGGCGGCGGCCCAUUGGCAGCGCGUCUGGCAAUAGCGGGCUACAAGACGCUGCUGAUCGAGGCUGGUGAGGACCAUGGAGAGGAUUUGAAGGAGCGGGUGCCGGCCUUCCACGCGCAGUCGAGCGAGUACGAACCAAUGCGGUGGGACUUCUGGGUGCGGCACUACGACGACGACGAGCGGCAGGCACGCGACAGCAAGUGUACGUACGACAUGCCAGACGGCAGUUUGUACACUGGGCUGGAUCCGCCAGAAGGAGCGCAGAUGAAGGGCAUUCUGUAUCCGCGCGCGGGCACGCUGGGCGGCUGCGGGUCGCACAAUGCCAUGGUCACCAUUUACCCGCAUGAGCAGGACUGGGAGUAUAUGGUGGAGCUGACGGGCGACGAAUCGUGGAACGCAGCCAACAUGCGCAAGUACUUCCAGCGGCUGGAGAAGGCCGAGUACCUGCUGGGCAACAACUUGAUCGGGCACGGAGUUGACGGGUGGCUGACCACGGGCACGACGGACCUGACGCUGGUGCUGGAGGAUGCUAAGCUGCUGCAAAUGGUCAUUGCGACGGCCACGGCGCUGGGGCGCAACGUCAUCGAGGGUCUGCUCACCACCGUGACCGGCCUGGCCAGCUUACUGCUCCAAGACGUCAACUUCCCCGGCAAGGCGCGCGAUCAGAGCGUCAACCUGUACCAGGUGCCGCUGGCCAUCGAGAACUAUGCCCGCAACGGACCGCGCGAGUUUGUGCUGGAAGUGGCCAACUCGGGCAAGUACCCGCUGGAUGUCCGCACCAACUGCUUCGUCACCAAAAUCCGCUUCGACAACGACACCACCACCGGCGAGCCCCGUGCCGUCGGCGUCGACUUCCUCGAUGGCAAGUCUCUGUACCGCGCCGACCCUCGCGCCGCUCCGUCCGGCGAGCAGCCCGCCAACGCCGUGCCCGGCAGCGUCAACGCCACCCGCGAAGUCAUCGUAGCCGGCGGCGUCUACAACACGCCACAGCUGCUCAAGCUCAGCGGCAUCGGCCCGGCCGACGAGCUGGCAUCGCACUCGAUCCCGCUCGUCAAGGACCUGCCGGGCGUCGGCACCAACCUGCAGGACCGCUACGAGAUCCCCACGACGGCCAACUUCGACGGCAACUUCACCGUGCUCGAGGACUGCACCUGGGGCAAGCCGGGCGACCCGUGCCUGGAGCGCUGGCAGAACAACGCCGCCUUCAAAGGCCUCUACGGCUCCUCGGGCCUCGCCCUCUCCGCCGUCCUGAAGUCCAGCACCGCCGCGACCGACGACCCGACCGACCUCAUCCUCCUCGGCGUGCCCGUCAACUUCAAGGGCUACUUCCGCAACUACUCCAACGUCUCCGUCGCCGACGCCCACCACUGGUCGUGGCUCGCUCUCAAAGCCCACACGCGCAACCGCGCCGGCACCGUGCGCCUGCGCUCCGCCGACCCGCUUGACACGCCGCUCAUCAGCUUCCACUACUUCGACGAGGGCACCACCGACGGCCAAGCCGACGAGCUCGACCUGCAGGCCGUCUACGAGGGCGUCGAGUUCUCGCGCCGCAUCUACGAUAGCAUGAGCCCCACCAUCGGCGAGUGGGAGGCCGUCCGCCCCCCGGCCGGCGAGGAGGCUACCAAGCAGUUCAUCAAGGACGAGGCCUGGGGCCACCACGCCAGCUGCUCCGCCCCCAUCGGCGCCGACGACGACCCCAUGGCCGUGCUGGAUGGCGAUUUCAGGGUCAGGGGUGUAUCCGGCCUGCGCGUUGUCGACGCCAGCGCCAUGCCGCGCAUUCAGGGCUUCUUCAUUGCGACCUCCGUGUACAUGUUCAGCGAGAAGGCCGCCGACGUCAUUAUUGCGGCCGCUGAGGGCAACGAGACGCAGAAGUGA